AUGGAUGAGCUUGUUAAUGUGGACAGGAGCCCUCUAGAUCUUGUACGCAUGUCCAGAAUGAUGAAUCCUGUUUCUCCCGAUCUGAGUUCGUAUCUCAAUGCUUUCCUCCAAGAGGUAAAAUCGUCCGAGGACGUGGAGGUAUUCGCAAUUCCGAUGAUCAUCUCCAGCUUUAUUCUAGAUCAGUACCCGCCUAAUAUGCAUCCCUUCCGCCCUGAACAAGUCUUUCGUGUACUCUAUGAUGAUGCCUGCCAACGGUUGCUCCAGAAAAGUCAACGAGAUCCGCAGAGACCGAUCGGCUACGAUAUUCCCACAACGUUCACAGAGCUUGCUGAGGAGGAGAUGAUCAAACAAUAUAAACAAUACAGGAGAUCGGUAUCGGCUGUUGCACAUCACCGAACCAUGAUGAACUGCUUUCGGCAUAGUCAUAGUCUGUGUGAGAACUGUGUUCAGGUGUUUGGCAAGAACGAGGACGAUAUGCCUUGGACAUUCGUCGUGAGAACGUGUCCUCUCUGCAGUCAAGAAGAUAGCGGGGCAAUCAUUGGUGUCAAGCCGCCGACGGCGAGCAUCCGGGUCCUCAGUAUUGAUGGUGGAGGAACGCGGGGCCGAGCGCCACUUGCAUUUCUUCAGACGCUUCAGGACCGACUGCAGCUGCCAACGCCGGUACAACACAAUUUUGACUUCAUAUAUGGCACCAGCUCUGGUGCAAUUAUAGCCGCCGUUUUAUAUGCGCUGGACUGGAGCAUCGAGGAAUGCACCGAGUACUUCGAUAUGUUCGCGCGCGUAGCUUUCCAGCCGCGGUGGUGGUGGUUGAAGGUGCCGUUCUUGUCUGCCGUCUUACAGAUGGUGGCUUCCCUGCUGGCCGACAGCCGAUACUCGAGCAAGAACUUGGAAACAAUCUUGCAAGACGUCAUGGGGACACGCAGUCUCAUGGAUUGUACCAGCGGGGCAGCUCGAGGUACCAAACUUGGAAUUACGGUGACUACCAUCCGUGACGCACGUGCCUGUGUCUUCACAAGCUAUAAUGGUGCUGGAGAGCGACGGCAUGAUACAGACUACCAGGUGCUGUCCCCGAAGAACGGCCUAAGCCGAAUCCCGCUCUGGGAAAUCGUGCGGUGUAGUACAGCUGCUCCUUACUAUUUCAAGGUGAAACACAUUCCAGACGUGGGAACAUUUCAGGACGGUGGUCUGAUGUUCAAUAAUCCUGCAUCUAAAGCCGUAAGGGAAGUAGCAGCUCUAUUCCCCGAUGCAUCGGAACCCGGGCUCGUCGUAUCCUUGGGAACGGGCUCGUCGACGCCAUCGAACCCCCCUCCGGCCACGAACGAAAGACAUUUUCUUCGGGAUUCAUUUCCUGCACGCGUCUAUCGAGCCUUUUGGAGUAGCGGGGAUUCAAAGAGAGCGUGGCAACAGCUUGUUGACCAUACUAAAGAUGACCCCAGCAAUGUCUUGUUUCGUUUCGAUGUCGAGUACGAUGGACGUCCUCCCGCCCUGGAUAGUGUUGCGGAGAUGGAACAUAUCGGUCGUCUCGCGCGCGAAACUAUCCAGGAUUCUCCGAUGCUGUCGAAACUGGUCCACCGCAUUCGGGCUGAGCUUUUUGUAUUCGAGCUGGACCCCUUGCAUGGUGCUCGGUUCCGAAAUGGUGAAAUCGAAUGCUCAGGCCGUAUAAUUUGUCGACUGAGAGCGUCAAAUGACGGGCUGCGGGCCUUUGUCUCUCAGUUUAUAGAUCGGUCAGCUUUCUUUCGAAUCGGCAAUAGAACGGUUAGCAUUUCUAGCAGGAGCAACUCCGGCUCAUCGGAGAAUAAUAUGGCGCCUUUCACUAUGAACGUGAGGUUCGCCGUGGCCAAUAGAAACGAACCAUUUGCAAUCCGACUGUGCGAAGACGAUGACCAGGGAUGUCAUAUCAGUGGUUCUCCAUUCACGCUUGAAAAAUUGUUCACACAACAACAUCUUGGAGCAUACUUUGGAAGUCCGAACCACAAGAAGAGGAGCAAUACAAGCGAGCAAGAAAGGCGUGGGAAAAAACAUCGGCGUACGGAAGCUUGA